GCACCGAAGGGCAACAGCGCGAUAAACAUGCGCAUCUGCAAGCUAGCACUCCUUUGCCAUGCCGCGCGAGCGCUGCAGGCGCCGCCGCGCCGAGCCCUAAGCUGCCGACCGAGCGCAGCAGCGCCCUUCAGCGCCGAGCUCCCAGACCUCGCACCGUCGCUGCAAGAAGCACUAAAGCAGAGAAACAUCCAGACGCCCACACCAAUACAAAAAGUAGCUCUGCAACCCUUACGAGACGGCGCGUCCGCCGUGCUGGCGGCCGAGACCGGCAGCGGCAAGACGUUAGCGUUCUUAGUACCAACUUUACAGCGCGCCCUAGAAACGGAUUCAGCCGUACUGGUGCUGGCACCGACACGGGAACUGGCCACGCAGCUCGCGGCGGAUGCUGCUUCGUUAGUAGGUGAGAGUGCCGUUCAAUUAAUAGUGGUCGGCGCCGCGACCACAGCAGAAGCCCUCAAAGAAGCGAGAGUGCUCAUCGCGACGCCGAAGGAAGCGAAGCAGGCCUUCGAGACCUACUCCUUGUUGGCGGAGAAGGCGUCGCAGUUGUCAGCUAUCGUCCUCGACGAAGUAGACGCCUUGUUACCACAACAAAAAACUGAUCGGAGAUCAAAACAGUCCAAGGAGCGAGCGAAGGCCCAGGGCAAGAAGCAGCGGUUGAAGCCUCCCCCUGCACCGCCCGCGGCUGAUGUUGUCCAGUUUUGUGUGAAGCGCAACGCGAAUACUCAAUUGCAAGUUGUGGCCGCCUCCGCGACAGCGUCUCGGGCGACGCGCGACGCUCUCAGGAAAGCCUUGAGAGGUGACCCGUACGGAAGGUGGUCCUCGAACGAGGUCGAGGUGCUCCGGGCGGCGGACGCCAGUCAGGAGUCAGCGCGUUCUGUGGUCGUGCCUUCUGCCGUGAGGCACAAAUAUGCUUUUGUGGAGAAGAACGCUGCUCUCAAAAUUAUAGCUAAGAGAAUCAAUGAGGUUUUAUCAUCAGUGAAACCGCGGAGUGCCCUAAUCUUCCUGAGUGCCGGCUCGGGGCACACGGUCGCCGACGCCGUACGACAACUAAAUGCGGUAGGCGUCGAGGCCGCACCUCUACACGAAGCUCUACAGCUCGACAAGAAUAGUAGGAGGAAUCGGCCCGACGGCCCCGCGGCACUCGGUGAUGUCUUAGGAGGCCGUUCGGACGUCUCGGGACAGUUCACGGACGCCCUCUCGUCCGACAAUCGUCCUGUGUUGGUCACCUUCGAGGACUCCGCGCGCGGGCUGCACUUCGACGGCGUCGACCUCGUCAUCGCUGUUGGAUUACCAAAUUCGGCGUCGUCGUAUCUACACGUCGCGGGCCGGACCGGAAGACGCUUAGGGGAGGAGGUGGCGGAGGGCACAGUCGUCACCGUCAUCCACCCCAAGGCCGUGGCCUCUCUAGAAUCGUGGGCGAACCAGCUCGGCCAGGUCGUGUUUGAGGAGCUAGUAACUUAGUACACUAGUCGCUAGGUC